UGCCGAAAAUUUGAAGGAUCUUGAAGUUCCCAUAUCAGAAGCCGACUUUGACAAUUCAUUUCCAAAUAUGUUAACAAAAAGAUUUUUAAACAAACGUGAUCUCAAAAUGGACGUCGGGGAAAUUGCUUGUUGGGCUUCUGCCCGUCGAAGAAACGAGGGACGCUCAAUAGUCCUCCGAGCACGCAUAGGCCAAAAGUGCGAUUUUCGGGGUACCUUGAAAAAUAGCAUUAAUAACCUUGAAGCCAUUAUUGGCCUUAGAAGUGGUGGUCUCCCUGAUAGAGCUGAUCUUUCCGUAGCAAUGCGCGAUGUUCUUUAUAAUUUUUUCAAAACAAAUCCUAAUGCAUCUGGAAAUGAUCUUCAUAGUACAUAUGUUCUUGGAAUUCAAUCAUGGGGUAG